AUGGCGCUUCUGCUGCGCUUCGCGCUCCUGUGCGGAGUGGCGGAUUUCGCCAGAGGUUUGAGUAUCACUACUCCUGAACAGAUGAUUGAAAAGGCCAAAGGGGAAACUGCUUAUUUGCCAUGCAAGUUUACCCUCAGUCCGGAAGACCAGGGGCCGCUGGACAUCGAGUGGCUGCUGUCACCAGCGGAUAACCAGAAGGUGGAUCAGGUGAUUAUUUUAUAUUCCGGAGACAAAAUUUAUGAUGACUACUAUCAAGAUCUGAAAGGACGAGUACAUUUUACAAGCAACGAUCUCAAAUCUGGUGAUGCUUCAAUAAAUGUGACAAAUUUACAGUUGUCAGAUAUUGGCACAUACCAGUGCAAAGUGAAAAAAGCUCCUGGUGUUGGAAAUAAGAAGAUUCAGCUGACAGUUCUUGUUAAGCCUUCAGGUACAAGAUGUUACGUUGAUGGAUCAGAAGAAAUUGGAAAUGACUUUAAACUCAAAUGUGAGCCCAAAGAAGGUUCUCUCCCACUACGAUAUGAAUGGCAGAAGUUGUCCGACUCACAGAAACUGCCCACCUCGUGGUUACCAGAAAUGACGUCACCUGUUAUAUCUGUGAAAAACGCCAGCGCCGAAUACUCCGGGACAUACAGCUGUACAGUCAGAAACAGAGUGGGCUCUGAUCAGUGCCUGCUGCGCCUGGAUGUCGUUCCUCCUUCAAAUAGAGCCGGGACAAUUGCAGGAGCUGUUAUAGGAACUUUGCUUGCGCUUGUGCUUAUCGCUCUUAUUGUCUUUUGCUGUCAUAAAAAGCGCAGAGAAGAAAAAUACGAAAAGGAGGUUCACCAUGAUAUCAGAGAAGACGUGCCUCCUCCCAAGAGCCGUACGUCCACUGCCAGAAGCUACAUCGGCAGCAAUCACUCAUCCCUGGGAUCCAUGUCCCCGUCCAACAUGGAAGGAUAUUCCAAGACUCAGUACAACCAAGUGCCAAGCGAAGACUUGGAACGCGCUCCCCAGAGUCCGACACUCCCGCCCGCUAAGUUCAAGUACACUUACGAGACUGAUGGCACUACAGUGGUAUAA